GCCAAGACCAACGUCAGCCGGACCGACUCUGUGCGUCUGCCAGUCCCGCCACAGAUUCAUCUGGGAUCCUCACACACACCAGCCAGCAGAGGAAUCAAGAGGGCCGAUUAGCACAGAGUUGCCUGCUGCGGAGCAGCUGGCCCCUUCCAGGCCUGGCGACCAAGGAAGGAGGGGAGAGGCGAACCUCGCACCGCUGCGGGAAGACACCGAAGCAAGAGCGACACCCCCUCCCGCCCCCCACCUUGCAGCGCAGGCUUUUGAACGCAGCUUCCCCCAUCUGAAUGGAAACUCGGAACCGCCCGGCGGCGCGUUCCUCCUGGCUCAGCCUGUCAAUCCAUGCCGAGAGGAAGGCGGUGCAAGCCCGCGCCAGCAGCGUCCAGCUCCCGGGACAGGGCCGGCAAUGCUGCUGAGCAGAACUUGAUCGCGCCUCUUCGUCGCUGCUAGUGGAAGCUAUGCUGCACCGCACAGGCAGCGCUUCCCCGGCUCUCCUUCAAGCUGAAGGUUACCCACCCGCGCAGCCAACCGCAACCUUGUGAGCCGCGCGCGCCUCGGGUCCGGGCUCUGGCUGCUCCGCGGCGGCGUGCAGGGGCAAUCAUCGGGCCGCCCGCGCCGGGGCGCACUGCACCAGCGGCUUCGGCUUGGUGGAUGUGUAUGCAUGAGUUCUGCACCGAAUGGGCGCAAAAAGCGCCCCAGCCGGUCCACCCGCUCCUCGAUCUUCCAGAUCAGCAAGCCUCCGCUGCAGAGUGGAGAUUGGGAGCGCAGGGGCAGUGGCUCCGAAAGCGCCCACAAAACCCAACGAGCCCUGGACGACUGCAAGAUGCUUGUCCAAGAGUUCAACACACAAGUGGCCCUGUACCGAGAGUUGGUCAUUUCUAUUGGGGAUGUCUCGGUCAGUUGCCCCUCACUACGGGCAGAAAUGCACAAGACAAGAACCAAAGGCUGUGAAAUGGCCCGUCAGGCACACCAAAAGCUGGCUGCCAUCUCAGGCCCGGAAGAUGGUGAGAUCCAUCCCGAAAUCUGCCGGCUUUACAUCCAGCUGCAGUGUUGCCUAGAGAUGUACACAACGGAGAUGCUGAAAUCCAUUUGUCUGCUGGGGUCUCUUCAGUUUCAUCGAAAAGGAAAGGAAGCUAGUGGAGGAGCAAAGAGUUUGGACAGCAAAAUUGAGGAGAACGCUGAAGCACCUGCCCUGGAGGACUCCUCGUCAUCCCCUCUAGACAGCCAGCAGCAGUCCUGGCAGGUUUCCACGGACAUCGAGAAUACUGAGAGAGACAUGCGAGAAAUGAAAAACCUCCUAAGCAAACUCAGGGAAACCAUGCCUUUACCGCUGAAAAAUCAAGAUGACAGCAGCCUUCUGAAUCUAACUCCCUACCCCAUGGUUAGAAGACGGAAGAGACGGUUCUUCGGGUUGUGCUGUCUUGUCUCAAGCUAGGAGGUUUCCGCUGGAAACUCACAGCCAAGAUCACCUGAAGAACACCCCAGGACCGGAAACCUCCACACAGCUGAACACCGAGAAUGGUUUUGAACACCUUUUCUAUGCUUCCCUAUUACUUUUAUCUGCCUCUCCCUGCCCUUUUAGAUAAUUUUACACUUGAAAGCAGCUGCCAUCAAGGAAAAAAAAAGAACAGAUUCAAAAAGGCACAGCCUGUUUUUAAAGGGAUUUUUUUAAAAGUUGACAUUGUGCAUGUCUGCUCUGAACCAUGCCGUGACAGAUGCAAGAAUUAUGAUUUUUAAAUCUUUAAAGGUUUUUUAAUGUAUUCUAUAGAGAAAAAUAUUUCACAUAUAAUAGUAUAUCUGUAGCUCUUGCUGAUCUCAUGCUAACAAUUUAUCAGAUAUGAAAGAUGUCUCUAAACAUAGAAAUCUAUUUAAAACAGCAAAACUGUUCAAAACGCAAUCUAUGAGUGUCAUUAGAAAUAAUACUGUAACCAAACACACACCACCUCAUGCGUUGCUUUCUCUACACUCAUUUACUUUAGUCUUCCAUUCUGUCAGAAUUUGUGUCAGCAUCAAAAAAACUUAAUUUAUAAUGCAACAAAACCACAUAUGAAAAAUACAUUUUGUAAAUACACAGUAAUCCUACUAUCUUCGUACAAUGCAUAUGGGCAACUACUUUUCUUUUAAUCCAAUGGUGUCUUUUUAAGCUUCUUGGAAAAUGAAGUUAUCCAGUUAGGAAAUGGUGUAGUCACAUAUACAAUUACCCUCAAAUGUAAAAUUGAAUAUUAUCACAUUUUGUUUGAAUUGAAAUCUGAAGCAUGGAGUCCGCACAUCAGCAUAGUGUUAAAUCUCUUAGGGCAUGCUGGAAUUAGCUCAGAUCAUAAAACUCUUUAACAUGUUACAUUAUUAAUGAAAAGAUGUUUUAGUUAAGCUUAGCGUGUCUCAUUUUAGAUGACUAUGCAGAUAUGGCUUUUCCAAUGUUACUCUGUGUCUUGUCUUAAUGUUUAGCAUCUUGAGAGCAGGACACAUUAAGCAAUACUGUAUUUUAGAAAAGAGGGAGCCAUGUGCUGUGUUUUUCUGCCCACGGCUCUGUUAUGGUCUUCUUCAACCGAACUUGUUAUAUGGUACAGACCCUGUUUUAUUUUCUUCUGCCCUCCCUUUGACCCUUUUCCCAGGGAGAACUCCCCAGGAGUUGGAGAUGAACCUUUGCACUUCCUGCCUUGUUUUCCAUUCUCUGAACAAGUCAGAAGGAGGUACCAGUGCCCAAUCUUGAGAGGGACAAACUAGCUACAAGGGGCUUUAAUGCUAGCCCCGGGUAAGCACUUACUUGUACACUAAUAUCUUAGCCUAAAACUGAAAUGUUUUAAAGAUGGGAAGCAUGGAUAAUUAUUGCAUUAGGUUGAAUUCUAUGACAUGGCUGAUACCGACUGUUUUGACCUAUUUUAAAAAAUGGCAAUUUCACACAGUUCAACCUAAUAUCUGGAAAGGAAAUGGUACAGCAUAUGGAAUUUUCUCUUAUCUUUUUGUAUCAAAAGUAAAAGAAUUCAGGGAUGGAAAAGGCCUCCAAAGUCUAUCAUUGGUCUGCAUUUCAAUUCUACUGUUGGCCAUGCUCUUGGAAUCCCACACUGUGUUACACUGAGCUGGUAACUAACGUAUUGUUAUGGGUAUGAAUGGAUUCGCUAAAAGAAGUACUUUUGACAAAUUACAUGAGAAAAUUAUAGUUUUUUUCUGAAUGGGAAUGUUCACAAAAUAAUGGAAGGAAUGUGUUAUUUAAAGACUCCUUACAAAGCAAGGAACUCCUCCCAACUCUCCUGGCCCACCAUCUUGAAUAAAACUUAGCAUUCACUCCAGCACACACUUCAUUUCGAAAGAGAUAGCCCUGAGGUCAUCUCAUUUACGAGCUGUCAUUUCUAAAUGGCGUGUUCGCAGCUCCUGUCUCUGUUCUGUCGCACGCUCUGGCUGGACUGACACCUACACUUCAGCCUCAUUCCUAGCAAUCCAUGCAAACUUACUAACUGAUGAGCCCGCGGUGUGCCGCACGCCCCUGUUGAUGCCUGGCCUAAAUCACUUCCGGCUUUGUUCAUCUGUGCCUGCUCUCUCCUUAGUCUCAGCGUGAUGAUAACACCUUCUGUGCAAUUGUCCUUUGUACAGCUGAAGACUGUUAAAAAAUAAAAAAUAAAUAAAAUAUUCAGGUCUCACCUCCAUGUCUGAGAAGGCCGUGGUAGCUACUCAUGGAGAUGGGAAUUUGUCUAAUUACCUAGCCAGACUUCCAUAUCUAAGGUAAUACCGUCCAAGCACCUUAGCUUUUAUUCAGUGCCUGCCUUUCAGCCGUUGCUCAGUUUUAUAGUUCCCAUAGACACACUCCGAGAUUGACAGACCACCACUCAGUAGCAGGUUCUAAAGCCACAUUCAGCAAUCAAAGCUCUGAUGACUCCGCUGGCUCGUGGUUGCCAUGGGUGAUUGGCCAUUCACCACCUCCCCUUAGCUACGCCAAGUGCACUGGGGAGGAGCUGCCCUCUCUCCUGCCAAUGGACUGCCUCAGGUGUGGGUCCAUGGAAUAAAUAAGUUCUGCUGCCUCCGCUCCCCGUGGGGAACUGUCUUUGCCCUCACAGAAACUCCCAACUGACCUGGGGAAGGAGAAAACACCGACGAUUCUCUCACAAACAAACCCACGUGCUUCAAAUAGAAAAGGAUGGCAGUGUGUGUGUGUGUGUGUGUGUGUGUGUGUGUGUGUGUGGCACACACUCAUUUUAUCACUAUCCUUUUUAUAUCCUAUUUUAGUUUUUGAAGGAAAUUAUAAAAAAUACAUUUUUUUUUGUCCUGGUGGGAAACCUGUAAAACAUCACCGUAUAUAAAAGUUAAACAUCAUCUGGACUUCACCACAAAUGUAUUGUUUAAAGCCAAGUUCUAGGGCUCUAAAUCAGUUGUGGCUGGGCCCAAAGACUCUUUUGGAGAAGACAUGAAUUAACCUCACGGCCAACGUAUCACUUUAAUGUCUGACCCCGAUGUUCAGCGUCUAGAUGCAGACUCACCGCAAAUUGCCCUGGUGUGCCAUUCAUUAUUCAGGUACAAAGAAAGCUGUAGCCGCAGCAGGGUCCUAAUGCCAGGGGGAAAUUCUCCAACCCUGCCCAACCAUUGGGUUCCUCCAUAUUCUUGUAAAAAGUUAGGACGCCCCGGAUUAGGCAAUACUGCCACCUAGUGGAAUCUGAGCUUCAAAAUGACACAAAGCAAAUACAAAAAAGGUAUCUCAUUUAUUAGAAAAUCUGUGACUGGAUUAACAAUGAGCCGGUUAGGACUUCCAAACUGUGAAAGUCUUAGGAUUGAAAAAAAUUAAGACUUAUCAUGCAGCCCAAGUCCCUUCACCACACAUCCGUGCCUAAGAAAUAUCUGUGUUCCUUUUGUUCUAGAAUAUCAUGACAGUAAACGCCUCACAGUAAAUUGCUACAGCCAACUACAGCACCCACAGUACACCCAAUAACAUAAAAUAACUGAGUACACUACACUUCAAAUCUAAGAAAAGUUUGGAUAAUUAAGUAAGUUGUUUGGAAUAACUCUCCUGGGAGCAAUACUACGUCCAUAAUUUAAUAAAAGCAAAUUCUAGAUGAAAUGAGCAUUCAAAUUUUAAAACAUAUGAAUAAGUGAUAAACAUGAAAAAGCCUUAUCAGUAUCCAUGAAGAUGUCAUUUUAACGUGGGGGAUAAAAGCCUUUCUAAGCAUAAUACCAAAGGAAGAAGUGAUAAAAAAAAAAGAUGAUGGGUUGGACUAAUGCUGUUUUUAAAAGAAAGUAAAAGUCCAAUACAAUAAAGAAAUAAACCAAAAUAAGAGGAAACAAUAUUUGCAAUUCAUGAAAGAAAGUUACUAGACCUCUACUAGAUGAAUAACCACAGCACUUUGGGGAGGUCUCAAUGGUUUGCAAGACUUGUAAUUUUUCCACUAUGGCUUGUAUGAUUGCUGACAUAUCCCACUGAACUGAAAGCAUAAAAGGCAUCAACCGCAUACACUUUGCUUAACACUGUUCUUUCAUCUCCUAACAUAGUGCUAUAUAAAAACCAAAUGAUGAAAACAUAUUCAUUGAAUGAGAAGAUAGUGGAUAAUAUUUUAUAAUUUGGAGAAAGAAUCAGACAUUCCAGUAGAUUCCAAUUGACCUAAGAAACCAAGGUAGUAAUACACCAUAAACUAAAAUAAUCCACUGAUGACAUUGAAAUAUUUGAAUGUACUAGUAACAAAAACUACAAAUGUGAACAACUCCAAAAGUCACAUGUAAAUUCCUGGAAACAAUAAGGAAGUUUGAGAUAUAAACAUUCUCUUGCAGUUAGCAAGAGUAAAAAUUUAUCUGGCCUUUCCAGAAAAUAUUUUGGUACUAUGUAUUUUUCAUGCACACUCAGCAAUUUCACAUUAAGGAAGUUCUCCUUUUAAAAGUUCAGCAAUGGGCCAGCAAGACGACUCAACAGGGAAAGGCUCUUGCCACCAAACAAGUUAGACCCCUGGACUUACAUGGUAGAAGGAGGUAACUGACUCCCCUUCAGGUUAGCCUCUAAUCUACACACACACACACACACACACACACACACACACACACACACACACACAAAAUGUAAUUAUGUCAUCUAACAUUCAGCAAAACAAGUGAGCUAAGAUACAUUUAUUCAUUAUUUUAAAAGUCAUACAAGAAAGGACGUUUUGUAAAUAUGCCUACAUUGUAUGGUAUAUCCUUUCAAUGGAUACCAUGCACCAAUCAAGAAUACUCACCACGUAUGUUUAUUGAAAUGUGCAAUUAUGUUGUUAAACAGAGAGAAGGAACUAGGAGAAUUUCUAGAGAAUUGCCCUCUUACAAACAUACCUACACGUGUGUACAUUACAGAAUGUGAAAGGAUGUUUGCCUAUAGGACAACAGCAUUUCUCUCUGGGAGGUGAGAUUUGGAGCAAUCAUAUUUUCUUUCUGCAUAUCUGUGAUUUCUGACUUUUUCACAAUGAGCAUGUAGUAUCUGUAUAAUUUCUUCAGGGAAUAAACACUGAUGUUGACAAUAUAUUAAAAGAAAAACAUGUUAUAAAACAGUAUGUAUAGUAUAAUAAAAUAUUUGUAAAAAAGAAAAUCACAUAUAAAUAUAUCUAAGUAUGUAUAUAUAUGCAUAAGAAAGCUAGAAGGCCAUACACUACAAUGUUAAUAGCAGUUAUCCAUGGGUAGUGGGAUUAUGGGUGAUUAUUUUUCUUUUUGCUUUUCUGUGUUUUCUAAUUUUUCUACAAUGAACAUGUAUUACUUGUGUAAUAAAAACUAAUAAUAAAAGUUUUAAAAAUA